AUGCCACAAAAUCAUAUUUCUUGUCUGUUACAUUUCAAUGGUAAUAUUUUUACCGAUGAAAUUAUUGGAGUGGUAUUUCAAAAUACAGAUACACAUAUUUUAAAUAUUCAUCGAAAAAGUGAUUUAGCUCACUUGACAGAAAAAAUAGAAGAAACUUUACAACAACAUGUAACUUCUAUUUUUUAUCGAUUUCCAAUAGUUAAUCCAGUUGAUCACAAUGUCACAUACAACACUGCAAAAAUCGAAGACGAUGAAGAUGUCCAUUCAAUGCUUCAAUGCCACUCAAGGUUUUGCAGUCAACAAGCAAUGGAGUUGUAUAUUUGUUUUCAACAAAUGCAUGAAGUAUUUCCAACACAAUUAUCACAAACUCAUGCAUAUCAACAAAGUCAGGUCUCCCAACAAGAAGAGUCUGUCCAAGCACAACAUAACGAGCCAAUAUUUCCGGAAGAGGAAGUGGGUGAUGAUACUGACUCCGACGAUGCCAAACAAAUUAAUUUGUUUAAUGGGUCCAGUGACGAGUCAGGUGACGAUGACAGACUGGAGGCAGAACCGGCUCCUAUACUUGAUCUGUACAACCCACCCUAUCACUUAAGAAAUGUUUCAUUUGAAUGUGUGGAACCAAUUUCAGUCUUCAAACCCGUACACGAACGUGAGUCACAUGAUGACUUAAAGGUUGGUAUGACUUUUGAAAACAAAGAAGCAUGUCUCCAUGCAAUAUCUGAGUAUCACAUAAAAAAUUCUCAUACUUUUAAGGAGGAGAAGCUCGGAGCAACAUCAAAAGUCAUUGUCUACACGAGCGAAUCACCACGCACCUCUAGUCCGUCGGUGUUUCACUCACGGCGGCCACCUCCCUCUAUUCUCAUUUCAACCAUACAACCCCCGUUUCGGCCAACGACCGCCCAGCAUCGCGCUCCGUCGUCAAUUCGAUGUGAAACCGCGCCUCCUCAUCUUUCUGCCGCAAACUGCCACGCCCUUGGAAGCUUUUGUUUCCCCAUCUGGUAA